GUGUUUUUGGGUGAGGAUAACGAAAUGAUGAACGGGUACCGGGCAACGAACUUUUCGAAAGGAAUAAAACAAAUUUCCAUUCCGAAGCAUGGCAUGAAAAUGGAGCAUGGCCCGUGCACUUAAGAUUAGUGGUGCUUUCCCUAGAAAACGUUACGGGGCGGCAAGCUGCAACCGUGGGGUCACAAACAAGCCAAGGAAAAGGCAAUAUACAAAAUCACGAUCACCAAAGCGAUUGCACUCGACCUAAAUUUCACAUUCUGGGGUAGGUCAGGGCUGCAUAAAACACUAAGUAUCGGGGCACGAACGUCCGCAAAGAGUCCCUUUAUCCGGUAAAAGGGUACCAGCAAGCUCGAGCAAAAUGCACAGCUGAUUGCGCUCGACACCAAAGUCAAUGCCACCGCGAUAAUCGGUUUUUGUGGUUGAAUUGACAACCAAAAAUCGAUGGUAACUGUGAUUUUUAUUUUGUCUAAAGAUGCUGCACAGGAAAAAGACCUGAAGAAAGUAAGCAAAUAUUCGUGUGUGUUUUUGAAAGGUAUUAUCACAUAAUUUGUAUAACGAUGAGUCCCCCACCCCCCCCCCGGGGGUGCUGAAUGAAAAUUACGUGCGCAUCUUCAUCACCCGUUCGUCGCAUCGUCACAGUACCGGUCCGGAAAGGGUGUUAACCCCGAAGGAAAAGUCGUCUCCUCUAUUGAAGGCAAGUCGAACGAAUAACUUGAAUGCUCGCGCACUAGUUCUAUCAGCGACGAACCCUUCCGACAAAACGUUCGCAACGUUCGCGUACGAUAGAGUGAAUGAAUUUCAUCGUGACGCAGUGGUGUUGUAUGCAUCGGUCGUGCCGGCGGUCCUUGUGGGACCCAUAAGCUCAUUCACUCAUCCGUUAAUGCAUGCAUAUCUCGUUUUUCCUUCUCGAGAGGGGUUUUUUUUCUCUCUCCCCUUUUCUUUCUUCGGUGUUCGGCGGCACCGAACGCUUCUUUUGCUAUCGGGACCAUUUCAUCUUUGCCGUCCGUCGAGAAGAGGAAUGUUGGAGGAUGUGUGGCGGUGUGUGGAGGUAAAAGCUUUCCCGGUUGUGCCAUGGAACGGGUUAGUCGCAGUCGUGAUCCGGACGCCAAACGGAUCGGUUCAUUUCUCCAAUUUCUCUCGCCACUUGUGAACACGUUCCACGAUUCAUCCCCCCCCCAUACCGAACGCGGUGCGUCAUAAGGCCCAAUUCGAAGGAAAAGUGUAAAUUUUGCAGAAAUUUGUAGAAAUUAUCGUGUUUGCGCGAGACAAAUGCGUGUUGUGUGCGCCAAGUGUGUGAAUAUUGUUUAUCGAGUGAAAGUGUGAACUUGACCACAGUGUAACAUUGACCCGAAGAGCCGCUUUUUGGGGUUGGGGGUGUUGGGCGACAGCUUCAUCGAAGGUGCUGGAAACGUACAACGGUGCGUUUUAAUGCGUUUGAGUGUUUGAGGCUACCGAAGAGAACAAGACGUCCUAAGAGCAGCCACACGCAAACAGUAGACGGUCAAAGGAAACACGAAAGGAAAAAAAACACGAUCGAAACACAAUGAAGAAACUGUUGUUAUUCCUCUUGCUGACCUAUUUAUGCUCUACCGCUCUCUCUGCCAGCAUACUCGAUUAUCUCACGCUCGCAACCGACGAUGCGGAAGCCAAAGAGGAGGAAGUCGGUCCGAGCAAUUGUCUCUGCAAUGGACCGUCCUGUAUUUGCUGCAUCGACUUCAACAUGACCCUUAUCGAUCUCGGUGGUCCCGGUUGCGUGCGGCUAAAGUAUCUUUCCGCCGACGAAGGUAUUGCGCUGAAUGUGUCUUACGGUGAUAGCGUACUGCACAGCCAACGUGUCAAGGGUCCAGAUCCACCACCGACGUGUUUGAAUGUGUUUUCCAGCCUUGCCCAAAUGUGUGCCCGGUUUAGUGAAUUGCUGCCAACGGACGAAGGUUUGCGCGGUUGCUUGCAGCUGGAACCGAUGCUGCUCGGUGAUGUGCAGAUCGAGCUACCGCUGGGUUGCUUCCGGAUGGGACCGAAGGGCAUGGAGGUGAUUAAGUCAGCCGAGGAGCAAAUUAAGGAGCAAAUUCCUAGUGAAAGCGAAGAGUCAACAACCGCUCCGGUAGCUGCAGUAGAAGAGAAACCGGCCACAGGCAACAGUACUUCCACGCUGUCGCUGCUGGACAAUCUUUCCACGGCCGACAUUCUGGCGGCGGUUAGCGAAUCGACGGACGAGGGUAUUGCCAUGAUUUCGAACUGGCUCGGCCUGUCCGUUAAUCGCGUACAGAAACCGGCCGAAGGCGCCACGGAAACGGAAACAACCCCCGCCAGCGAGGGAGAAAGUGAUAAGAAGGAAGAGGAGGACGAGUAAGCGUGGUACGCAGCAAACAGCCGUACAUACAAAUAUAAGUACUGUAAUAGUAUUAAUACAUAGUAAGUUAUAUUUCACCAACGUGACAGACACACGGUUUGCUAUUAUAGAGUUGAACACAACGCAAUAAAUCACAACCGUUACUUUUAGUUACUUCAACUCUCACAUU